AUGUCGGGCCUGAACUCUGUGAAUCAGAGUACCUUCGAACAGUCGGAUGUCGCAAUGCACGAGGGCGGAGGCGUGACUGCCGAUUCAGGGGAGCCAGCACAGAUGCUCUAUACAAACCUGCAGGAUCCUUCUGGACUCGCCGACCUCCUCCUGGAUGAGAGGGUGGACAUUCGCCUGGUGCGCGGAACAUGCCUGAAAGCGCUUGACCGGAAGAAGCAAACUUUCAUCCGUCGCCAGGAGUUGGAAAACAAUCCGAGCUACCCGGACGCCUUCGUCACGCGCGAAGAGUUACAGAAGUGGAAGCAAGACAGCGUAUAUCGCCGCAAGGUUCGGAUCAUUGGCGUCUCUCACGUGUGGGAAACCAGAGAACAUCCCGACCCUAGGGGUCAUCAACUGGCGUUGAUCGCCGGGGCCCAGCUUUGGCACGACCGAUAUUCUUGGUAUUUCUUGGACUACAUGUCGGUUUAUCAGUUCUACCGAACAAGCAUCCAUCAGAACAGAAGUUUUCAAUACACGAUGAUGCACAUGCACUUCUUUUACACACAUGAGUACACAUGGACCUACCGCAUUGAAGAGCUGACCCCGAUUGAGGAAGCUGAUCGACAGAAGCAAGUUCAAGUAUUCUUCACCGAGACAGGGAUUCCCGAAGACGGAAAGGUAGAAGUACGGCUUUUUGCAGAUCUCAAGGAGAACUGCACACCCUACUCUCGGCGGGGUUGGUGUGAGGCCGAGAGCCAGUGGUCGAGCAUGCGGAGCAACUCUCGACAAACAGUCUCCCUCUCUUUCGUAAGUCCGGAGACCUGGACCAGGGCUCCCAUGGCACCUGCUGUCUUUCAAGCAAAAGUGUCGAAUAGCGAGCUUCUGUUUACGCACCAGGACAGUGCUGAGGCCGUCAAGGAGCUGCAGGAACGUGUAUUCAUGGAGAAGGCGGUGGAGAAUGUGAUGCUGGAGAUGUCCGUCUUGCCCCCUCGCGAAUUUCCAAUCCUCGCUGGCGCGCUGCCGCUUUACAAGAACCUGCAAGUCUUGCUGAUAAGCAACAGCCAGGUUGACUGUCAGGGUGCAGAGGCCUUAUCCACCGUGUUGACGAUGUCUGACCUGCGUUUGCACAAUCUUCGCAUCUCCGCGGACGCAGCAUGCAAGCUGGCUUUGGGCUUGAAGGGCAACAGUGCCGUGUUGAAGGUGGCACUCACUAAAUGCUUGGUGGAUGAGGAAGGUGCAGAGGGUCUGGCAGAUGCACUCGCAUGCAAGGACACCAGACUGGAAUCACUAGAUCUGUCUCACAACGUCGUUGGGUGCACAGGGGCCAAGCACCUUUCCGAUGCCUUGAUCCGCAACGAACACUUGCGAAAACUGAACCUCAGCUUCAACUCCAUUGCGGAUGAAGGGGCAACCAGCUUUGUAUCCCUCUUUGAGUCGGUGGCCUUGCAAGAGCUGUGCCUCAGUCGCAACUGUUUCGGAUCAAAGGCGCUGACCAUCUUGCAAACUGGGCGGAACAAGAGCUUGAGGAGACAUGGCGAGGUCAAUCUCCGGGUCCAAUGCGAAGACGGCCCCUCCCUGUGGAUUUUGGAAGAUCUUGUCGUUGCGGCGCUCUUGCUUGACAAUCUGCUGUUUGGGGUAUGCCAUGUAAGCUUACCUAUAAUUGCCUUCGUUGAAUAUGACCCAUGGGCUGGAGACUACGAGCCUCUACAGCUUUGGCUUACUGUCCCGAGCAUCCUGCUUGUGGCAGUCCCACCUGUUCUCCUUCUUGUUGCAUUUAUCUGGGAGGUCUGCCGCAAAGGCACGGGCAAGUGCUUCAGAUUUGUAGCGACAUCAUUAAAGUUAAUCUGGCCAAGGAUCUGGAUGUGCUACUCUGCAGUUUGGCUGCCUGCCAUGCAAGUGUACACCCUCCUGGAGCGUCCGCCGAACGACCAGCAGGGGUCCACUUUCGCUGCAGUCAUUCCAUACACGCUCGUGUUGACAGCCCUCUUGAUGGUCCAGGCAGUGUUCGUUCUGUUUCACCCCACCUUUCGUGCCAUAUCUCGGGUGGUCCUGCGCAAAUUUCUGAAGCUCUGA